AUGUCGUUCAUUAAGUUCGAAAAUGUUGGUUCAUUUUUGAGACACUGUAACGGGACGACUCUGCGGUAUGACCAGGCAUGUUUGGAGAUAGACACUGAGCAUCCGAUUAGUUUUUGGAAUCAGUAUGAAGAAUGCGAGGGUUGCGUGUUGCUGAAGACAGCUCAUUUGCCAUCUACAGGCUCCAUUGUGCUCAGUACUUUGAGUCCAGCUCGGUAUGCCAUCAAGAAUGGAGAGGAAGAGAUCUGCAAUGGCGCCCAAAUCAGACAGGCGACGUCACAAGCGCUCAAAAACAUAUCCGAUUCUGCCACCAAGCUGGUGAAGACGCCUCUGUCUAAACACGGCUCGAAAAGGACGAAUCAACCUGACGAGUCCUGCAGCUCGAACCGGCAGAGGGACGACCUGAUGUAUACGGACGACGACGAUAAGCCGCACGCGAAAAUAGACAACAUUGUGCAGAGGCACAAGGACGAAAAGAGCAAAGACGAAGUUAAAAAGACCACUGAGAAAAAACAUGACAGAAAAUCUUCCAAUGAAAAUCCUGGUAAGGAUAAAAAGGAAGAUUCUCAUAAGCCCACUAGCGACAGAAGUAAAGACAAAAAUGAGAGAACACCAAAGGACGACAGGAAGAACCGGACAGACCCUGCGAGUCGGGUAUCAAAAGAGGAACCGUCCACAAGUAGCAAUCGAGAUAACAGCGAAAAAGAUAGGAAGAGAUCUCGAGAUGAUAAUCAUCCUAAGAAAGCUGGCGGGGACUUCCAGUCGAUCCUGAAGGGCGUGGUGUUCGUGCUGAGCGGCUACGUGAACCCGCGCCGCGCCGCGCUGCGCGACUUAGGGCUCAGUAUGGGAGCGCGCUGCGAGCGCGACUGGGGACCCAACUGCACGCAUCUCAUUUGCGCGUUCCCCAACACGCCGAAGCUGAAGCAGGUGCGCGCGGCGCCGGGCGGCGGCACGGUGCCGGCGGCGCGCGGCGAGUGGCUGGAGGAGCAGGCGCGGCGCUCGCGGCGGCUGCCCUGGCGCGCCUUUGCCACCGAACCGCAGCAUCAGCGCCCGCUCAGCGAGGAUGAAGAAGCGGACGAGCCGGCCGAUGACGAAUGUGACACCGAUGACGAAAUAGAAAAAGCGUUACGAAAACAAAAGAAACGUCGCACCGAAAGUUCGCCCAGCCCUCCGAAGAGCAAAAACUCCCAAAAUGAGAGCAGCAAACGAGACAAGAACGUGUCGAAUACGUCCCGAAAUAGUGACGCGAACGUUUCGAAUACGUCACAGAAUAAUGUGUCAAACUCGUCGGACGUGAUGUUCGUUCGAGACGAGCGAAUGCAGGGGAAUGUAACAGUCAACGAUUCCGACGACGAGAAGACUGAUGAAGAUGACGGAGAGGCCAGCGCGGUGCGCAUCGACAAGGCGCGCUCGCUGCCGAACAUAUUCGCGGGCCGCACGUUCGUCAUCGACGCGAGCGCGCGCGACACCUUCGACGCGGCUUUGUUGGAGCGCUACGUGCGGGCCUACGGCGGCGUGCUAGUCGAUGCGGAGACGCUGGACGAGGACAGCAGCGUGAGCUACGUGCUGUGCGGAGCGGGCGGGGGUGCGGGCGCGGGCGGGGGCGCGGGCGGGGGCGCGGGCGCGCGCGUGCGCGGCGACUGGCUGUGGCGCUGCCACGCCGCGCGGGACCUCUACCCCGUGCAGGAUUACCUGCUCACGUGA